AGUAUAUAGUAUAUAUAGUAUAGAUUGUUUGAUAUAUUUGAUGAGUUAUACAGAGUUAUAUAUAGAAUCUACUGAACAGAAGACCUUAUCUGACCAGGUUAGUAUGUAUAACCCUGGCCAGAGCUGUCCAGGGCUGUACAAGCUGGCACUGUAUAGACUUAUACAGCCCUGGACGGGGUCACCCUAACUAACUACAUGUACGAGGCCAGCCGAGGUUGCGCGUUUAGCGCAUCGAAAUUAGCCGAAUCGACGACGACAGCUUACUGUUAACCGGCUUCAACAUCCCAAAGCCGAAGCCGAACGAGCUGGCGAGGGUAUUCAACAUGCGACCAGGACAAAUGCUGAUAAGAAGAAACGUCGAAUGACGGGUUUAUCCAGACCUGGAAAAUAUAGGACAUGGUCACAUAGCGACAGCACAGCCAAGUGCCAUAUUCCGCUUUUUGUCACUGUUCACCCACUUCAAGGGAUACAUACAUACAGGAUACCAUGUCUGCGCCUGCGACAACAACACCUCCUCCGGCCGCGAGAUUUGUCCUCUUGGACUUUCCUGCCCCUCAUGUUCUUCUUGUUACUAUCAACCUUGAGAAGCAAAUGAACUCUCUGCCAGUCGACGCAGUGUGGGAGAUGCAUCGAGUUUGGACAUGGUUCGACAAUGAGCCUGAGAUGCGCGUGGGAAUUGUCACCGGGGCGGGUAAGAAGGCUUUCUCGGCCGGGAUGGAUCUGAAAGAGCGGCAAUCGUUGUCAGCAUCUGAUUUUGAUUCCGCUGCACGGUUAAACGCAUACCCCUCCACUGGUUUUGCCGGACUCACUCGACGAACGGGUAGAAAACCAAUAAUAGCGGCUUGCAACGGGCAUGCGCAUGGUGGAGGUUUUGAAAUCGUCCUCAACAGCGACAUCGUGAUCGCGUCAGAGAACGCGGAUUUCCGACUCCCGGAUGUAUUGCGCGGAACAGCAGCGAUGGCUGGUGCGUUUCCACGGCUGUGCAGAACGUUUGGCCUUCAAAGAGCCAUGUGGCUCGGUUUGACGGCGCAUACCUUGACGGCACAAGAAGGUCUGCAAUGGGGCCUUGUCCAAAAGAUUGUACCCAUUGAUGACCUGAUUAGGGAGGCGGUGGAUGUUGCGAAACUCAUUGCUAGCAUGAGCCCUGAUAGUGUCGUUGUCACUAGGGCCGGUAUACGGCAGGCAUGGGAAACAAGCAGCGUGGAACACGCAACAUUCUUGACGGGAGAGACCUACGCGGCGAAGCUGAUGUCUGGAGAAAAUGCGCGGGAAGGAAUGCUUGCAUUUAAAGAGAAGAGGCUCCCGAAAUGGCUGCCAUCGAAGCUGUAACUAGAGUUCUUUUUCAAAACUAAGUAAAGUCUCGUGUAUACAUUUAGUUACCAUUUUUAAUUAUACUAGAAAUAAUGCGCUCAGCACUUAGAGGCGUGGUUAUUCUUUUCCUUGCAGCUGGAUAUUCGGUAUUCCGGGACAUAUAAUAUUCUAUUUAUAUUUUAACAUGAGAUUUAUUUCC